AUGCAGAUCUUUGUGAAGACCUUGACCGGCAAGACCAUCACCCUCGAGGUUGAGUCUUCUGACACAAUUGACAAUGUGAAGGCCAAGAUCCAGGAUAAGGAGGGCAUUCCACCGGACCAGCAGCGCCUGAUCUUUGCAGGCAAACAGCUUGAGGAUGGACGCACCCUUGCUGAUUACAAUAUCCAGAAGGAAUCCACCUUGCACCUGGUGCUUCGCCUACGUGGUGGCAUGCAGAUUUUCGUCAAGACCCUUACUGGCAAGACCAUCACCCUGGAGGUUGAAUCGUCAGACACCAUUGACAAUGUGAAGGCGAAGAUCCAGGACAAGGAGGGUAUCCCCCCGGACCAGCAGCGCCUGAUCUUCGCUGGUAAGCAGCUUGAGGAUGGUCGCACUCUGGCUGAUUACAACAUUCAGAAGGAGUCUACUCUCCACCUGGUGCUCCGCCUUCGUGGUGGCCAGUUGCCGUACUAA